CAUUCUUGGUGAUUUGGCAAAACAUACUGAUUUUCUUUUUUGACUUUUCUGCUUAAAGAUUUUUCUUUUUCCAACAUGAUAGCAGUUUAUCAAGCUUAAGGCCAUUGUUGCAGCUGAUUUACUCUUUCCUAUCAUCAAAAAAUUUUAAAAAUAAUAAUAAUUUACUCUUUCCUGGAAAGCCAUUGCCUGUCUUAGAAAGCAUGAAUCCGAAUGCUCGUUGCUACUUUAUAAUGACCACCCUUUUUAUUCUACUGAUCAUAGCGGUUAUUGUAGACUUUGAUUUACUUUUUUGGAUAGUUCUAUGCGUUUUACUUCUUGUUUUAGGGGUUUUCUUUUUUCGAAGAUAUAGAUAUGGAGCCCAAAAAGUUGAGGAAGAUCAUCUAGACAACAUGUCGGGAAUGCCAACUAGAUUCUCUUAUGAAGAGUUGAAGAAUGUCACCAAGAACUUUAGCAACAAGCUUGGUGAAGGUGGAUUUGGGUUUGUUUUUCAUGGAGCACUGUCUUCGGGAUCUGAAGUUGCGGUGAAGCAUCUUUUUGGCAUUGGUCCAGUUAACAAGUCCUUCAUUGCUGAAGUUCAGACUAUUGGAAGUAUCCACCAUUUCAAUCUGGUAAGCUUGGUUGGAUUUUGUGCUGAAAAAUUCAAUAGGCUUUUAGUUUACGAGUACAUGGCUAAUGGAUCAUUAGACCGAUGGAUCUUUAAUAAAAACCAGGAUCUUGCACUUGAUUGGCAAGUUAGAAAGAAGAUCAUCUUAGAUAUAGCCAAAGGACUUGCUUAUCUUCAUGAAGACUGCAAUAGAAAGAUAAUUCACUUAGAUAUCAAACCUCAAAAUAUUCUUUUAGAUGAAAAUUUCAAUGCUAAAGUUUCGGAUUUUGGGUUAUCUAAGCUAAUUGAAAAAGAUCAAAGUCAAGUCGUUACAACUAUGAGGGGAACCCCAGGUUAUAUGGCUCCUGAAUGGUUAAGCUCAAUCAUAACUGAAAAAGUAGAUGUUUAUAGCUUUGGUAUUGUGGUCCUAGAAAUUCUGUGUGGGCGACGAAUCAUUGAUGAAUCUCAACAGGAUGAAAGGCAUUUACUGGAGCUACUUAGGAGAAAGCAAGAGGAAGGGCAACUCCUGGAUUUAGUCGAUAAGUGCAAUGAUGAUAUGCAAUCAAAUGUAGCUGAAGUGGUGGAGAUGAUAAAGGUUGCUGCAUGGUGCUUACAAACUGAAUAUGCCAACAGGCCUUCCAUGUCCACGCUUGUGAAGCAUUUUGAGGGCUCGGUUGAUGCUGUGAUUAACGUAAAUGAAGAUUUUCAAAAUGAAUUAACAUCACAAGCGCCUGCAGAGAGUUUUGCUUCAUCAAUUACGCCCUCUGUGUUAUCUGGGCCAAGGUGAAGGUGAUGAUCAUGGACGUGGAAGAGAUGAUGGAAGAUAAUAUUCAUGAAGAUUGGAUGCAAGCUAUGUUAUGGCCCCAGUUUUAACUUAUCCAAUAUAUUAUUUCCAUUAGCAAAUUUGUAGUCAGCCUUUCUGCAAUGUUAAAAAUUUGUAGUCAGUCUUUCUGAAAUGUUACAAAUAUAGUUUGCGUCACGUACUUGUUUUCACUCCAACCUUUGGGUCCAAAACAUCUAAGUUACUCGACUGGAAGCAGAACACUGAAGGUUAGUGGAAGAUGGUCUCUUUUCCUUAUUGAUUGCAUGUGCUCUAAAAGUAGGGAAAUGUCUUGUAAGAAAAUUCCUAUUUUGUUUUCAUUUCAAGUCUACAAACAAUGCACGUUUCUCAAAGUUCAAUCUUCAUUUGUUUUCAAAGUUUCUGCAAGGUCAAA